UACUUACAACCGGUCUUGGGGAACCGGCGUCAUCGUGUCCUACGUGGCACGUUUCCAAUACGGCGCCGUUUAGAUUUUAGAUUUUAAUUGAAGAGAUUUUAAUUGAAGACCCAGCGCCCUUCAACUUUUCCCUCGUUCAACUUUUCUCUCUGCUUUUCACUUUCAAACCAGCCGACACACGUACGACUGCGAGACCCUUCCGAUUCCCAUCGUCUUCCCCAUUCGUCUUCCCCAUUCUGCCUUCCAUCCCAAUCGCCGUUUCAUUAGUCUUUGUCCUUCCGUCCCAGUCGCCGGCACUUUCAUCUUCGUCUUGUCGCCGGCACUUUCUUCUUCAUCUUCUCCUCGGUAGACCCACAAACCCAAAGUUGAAACUUUGGGUUUUGAAGAGCCCGUUCCAUUGGUCUUUGUCCUUCCAUCCCAGUCGCCGGCAGCGCACUUUCUUCUUCGUCUUGUCGCCGGCAGUUUCUUCUUCGUCUUCUCCUCGGUAGACCCACAAACCCAAAGCUUCACAUGUGGUUUUGAAGAUCCACGAAUCACAAACCCGUUUUGAACCCACGAACCAGAGCCUGUAAGCACUGUCAUCUUCUCCACCAGAUCUGAUAUCUAAAGCCCGGUCAGAAAGCAGUCCCCGUUCAUAUCGGGUUUCGUCUUCCACUCAAACCCAUGACCCACAAACCCACGUUUCCCAUCUCGUACCGAAGACCCACGAACCACAAACCCGAACCACUAGAUCUGUCCUCUUCUCCACUAGAUCUGAAAUGUGAAGCCCACAUUUCACCCAAACUCUAACCCUAACACCGACAAAAAAUCUAACCCUAAGACCGAGUUUCAAAUCAGGUUAGAUUUCUCCUUUUGAUGUGUUUUGGUUUUUUUCCAACAUUCUCAUGCUAUACAUACUUGGUCAUGUGUCAUUGUUAUUAUUUUUGGCUGUUAUUGUUAUAAUAAUAGGUCCAUGAAUUUGAUAUGCCCGUUUGACACUCCAUUGUAGACUUUUCCUUAUUUUAUAACAAGUGAAUGUCUUCUGCUUCAUUUAUUGAAAAUGUAUAUGAAUUAGUGGUUGAAAGGUCCUUUUUGUUGAAAAUGUGUAUUAAUUUGUGGUUGACAGGGCCUUUUUUGUAUUAUUCCUCCUCUAAGUUAUAAUAAUUUCACAACAUUGUGAAAUUAGUGUAUGGGAACUGAAUGUGUAGAUGGAGAUGGGUUUGUAGUAAUUAAUCAAUGAUAGUUAAGGUUGCUUACAAUCGGGUUGUGUCAUGUUGGGUUAGUAUUAGGUCAUUAAAAUCGAAAGUAUUUAUGAAUUGACAAUAAACUGAUCCAAGUUAAUCGGCCUAACCCAAAUUUGACAUGCCUAACCACAAUUCAUGGUCAAUUCCACACAAACACUUUGAUCUCUAAAUAUCUACUUUGAUUGCGUCGAUACAACCAAAGGCAAUAUUUGGUCAAUAUCUACUUUGAUCUCUAGACCCUACUGUUUAAUAAAAAUUUAUUCAAUAUUUGAAGUAAUACUACUAGUUUUUCAAUCCAUAACUCAAUUUGUAGCUAUAAAUGAGAUGACAGGUCAUGUUUUGAAAAACUAGGUGUGGGAUCAUUAUGAAUGAUUAAGCAAUUUAUAUACAUUUCUUUUUGAAUAGUUAUUUUUUAAUGAUGAUAUUUUUCACUAAAUAUUUAAUGUACUGCCAUUGAUUUGUCAAGUGUCAAAUGAGCUGGGAAUCCUGGAAUCAUUUGUCAUGUUCAAACCCAGCUCGUUCCGUGGGAGACACUGUUUUGUUACAAAAUAAUAGCAAUAUAUUGUUUUGUUACCAACUAUACACUGUUUUCUUACCAAAUAAUUGUGAUGAAUUAGUUUUGGAUUUUGAGCACUAAUAUUUUAUCUUCUGAAUACAAAUAUAUAUUACUAACUAAUUGUGGGAAAUUAGUUUUUGCUUUCUCUUCUUUGGUUCAUCUUAGAAAUGUCAUCGUCCUCAUCCAUGUCUUCUUCAUCUUUUGCUAAACGUACCACGGGGCAACCAUUGUGCUGCUGUGGGGUGAAAGCCACACUGAAAUUUUCAACUACAGCAAAAAAUCCUGGCCGGCCAUUCUUAGGGUGUCCAAAGUACAACACAGAGGGAUUACCCUUCUGCAAGUUUUUCCAGUGGGCAGAUCAUCACCAAGUGACUGAGCUCCAGCUUCAAGAAAGAAUCAAUGACCUGUUACAGAGGGAGAAAGAUCUCUCAAAAAUAGUCGACCUCCUCGAAAAAAGGGAGAAUGACCUGCGUAGAAUGGUGGAUCACCUUGAGAAGGAGUUGCUGCGGCAGACACAAGAACCUGAUAUGAAGAGGGAGCACAAACUGGGAAAACAUUUAUGUGGGAUUGCAUUAGUGGUACUUUUAAUUUGUAUUGGACGAUGGCUCUUAUAUUAA